AUGAACAACAAAACUGUCAUCUCCCAGUUUCUCCUCCUGGGCUUCCCCAUCCCCCCAGAGCACCAGCACCUGUUCUACGCCCUGUUCUUGACCAUGUACCUCACCACUGUUCUGGGGAACCUCAUCAUCAUCAUCCUCAUUCAUCUGGACUCCCAUCUUCACACACCCAUGUACUUGUUUCUCAGCAACUUGUCCUUCUCUGAUCUCUGCUUUUCCUCUGUCACAAUGCCCAAGUUGCUGCAGAACAUGCAGAGCCGGGACCCAUCCAUCACCUAUGCAGGAUGCCUGACACAAAUGUACUUUUUCAUGGUGUUUGCAAACCUGGAGAACUUUCUUCUUAUGGUCAUGGCUUAUGACCGCUAUGUAGCCAUAUGUUUCCCCCUUCAUUAUAGCAGCAUCAUGAGUCCCAUUCUCUGUAUUUGUCUGGUGUUUAUGUCCUGGGUACUUACCAUGCUGAAUUCCAUGUUGCAUACUCUACUUGUUGUUAAAUUGUCAUUCUGUGAGGACAAUGUCAUCCCUCACUUUUUCUGUGAUGUAUCUGCACUGCUCAAGUUGGCCUGCUCUGACAUUUUUAUUAAUGAGCUAAUGAUAUUUAUCAUGGGAGGACUCAUUAUUGUCAUCCCAUUCUUACUUAUUGUUAUGUCCUAUGUAAGGAUUUUCAUCUCCAUUCUCAAGGCCUCGUCUACCCAAGGCAUCCACAAGGUCUUCUCCACCUGUGGUUCUCAUCUGUCUGUGGUGUCACUGUUCUAUGGAACAAUUAUUGGUCUCUACUUAUGUCCAUCAGCUAAUAACUCAACUGUGAAGGAGACUGUCAUGGCCAUGAUGUACACAGUGGUGACUCCCAUGCUGAACCCCUUCAUCUACAGCCUGAGGAACAGAGACAUGAAAGAGGCCCUGAUCAGAGUCCUUUGCAAAAAGAAAAUCUCUUUAUAA